GAAACCUCCACGCGAAGCCGAUUGGCUGUUGGAGUGCGUGGCACGCAACACGACUGACGACAAUGACAAAAUACAAUGCUCUGCUUGACACCAGGGAGAGCUGUAGCAGGCUGUAGUGACGCCACUAGAGCUCUUACUCAUCUCAAGCUAAAAAGAAGGGGCAAAAAAGAGAGAAACGCGAAGAAAGUAAGAGAUAAACAACAAUCGAGAAAGAAUAUUCUAGCUUCGAGUUCGUAUUAGUGCGAUAUAUAGCGUUGAUGUGAAAGAGACUCGAUGCAGUUGAUACAUUGUAUUUCGUAGUUGAGUGCGCGGGCGCAAGUCGAUAUUUCACAGUUCCGUUUCGUGUGUAGCUGCUGCUGACUCCGUGAACCACGCGCAAGAUAUUUGCAAUGAGUCAAAUUGACAUAUACUGCGUGAGAGCUGACAUAUAAAGAGAUAUCCUCUUUUGUCUGAGUAACGAAUUUGCUAGAGUUCUCUGUUGUGUUAUAAACAGCAUCCAAAAAUGUGCGACGACGAUUAUCAACCUCUGCAGCUUAUCAACCUCCCAGAAAUCGUCUUGGAAAUGAUAUUGUCGAACCUGUCGUAUGAUGAAAUCGCGAAAAACAGAAUCGUUUGCAAAACAUUUGAUGACAUAUGCAGAAAACUGCUCAAUCGAGGUUUCAAUUUGAUGGAGAAAUAUCAUGCGCAAUGCCUCAAAUCUGUCAAAAGCAAAUUGCCACGCAGAGAGUCAGAAAGAAGGUGUCAUCCUCUUGCACGUCAUUGCGAUAUAUUGACAGCAAUAGAAACACGAAUCUCCAUGUUGUCCAUGACAUUCACCAAAUAUGUGGAUUUGAAUUUGUGCUGUUUCAUUCCUGGAAAAGUAAUCGAUGAGAUAUUUAGAGUAUUACGUCUUGUCAAGGACUCAAAAACACCACCAAGAACACCUGAAAUACUUCAAGAAUUAAGAGAUAUUAGUAGUAUGGCAAUGGAACAUUUUGAUGAAAAAAUCCUGCCAGAUUUCAAACAUAGUCUUAGCAACUCAGUUGUUGCAAAUGUUGGCACAUACGAAAAUUUAGUAUUAUCACAUCAUGGUAAUAGUUCAAAGGUCAUUACACCACUACCUUUCAGUCCAGAUAAGUUAAGUCAAACAUUUAAGAAGAUCUAUAAUCGAACUAAGAAAAAUAAGAUGACAGUCCUUUGUGUGAAGGGACAGAUAGGUAAAAUGAAGUUAAGAUUGAACAGGCAGUCCUUUCAAAUGAGAGUUCAAAAUUUGAAGUUACAAGAACAUGCGAAAAAAAUUCAAGAUCAAGAGAUACAGAUGGCAGAAAUGAGAAAACAUUUGGAAGAGUGGGAACAGAAAUUGGGAGAUAUGACUGCUGAAUUGAGUCGUGCAAGGGAAGAAACUCAAAAACCAGAUUCUCUAGAAACUUGCAAAAUAAAAAUUGCCGAUAUUUCUCAUCCAAGAGAACCUAGUUUAUUGAAAACUAAAGAACUUCAAGUAAAAAAGCGUAAACUAAUAGUUGAACGAAAAUCUUCGGUUGAUGCUCAAGAUGUUAAAUUUAAAAAAUUCAUGUCAGAGCUUCUUGGUGACAAUUCUGUUGAAGAGCUUAAUUCUGCUCCAAGUUAAAGAGUUAUUUUGAUACUAUAAAACCUAAGCUCUACAACUAUAUAUUGAAAUACUCCUAUAAACUUUUAAAUAUAAAUUUUUAAAUAUAAACCUGUACAGUUAACAUAUAAAAAAUAAUGUUAAUACUGGUCAUAUUAAAGCAUAUUGUUUGAGCAUGUUAAGUACUUUGCGUUGAGCUCUUGAUUACAUGCAACAUAUAAAUUUCGUGACAAUGUUUUCAAUACUGACUGAGAAGUUUUUAUAAGUUAAGAUCAAUACUUUUAAGCUAUCUUACUUAUAUAAUGAUCUAAAAAAACGUGUAGAAGUGAGUUUAUAUCUUUGUAAAUAAGUAAUUUUUGUAAAAUAUAAUACUUUUAAGUUAGAGAAAAGAAAAAAAAGAAUUGGAUUAUUAGAUAUAGAGGUAAUCGAUUUCUUCUAAAAUUUAUCUUUUUACAGUGAUUUCUAGAGUAUUUUUCUUUGUUGAACAGUUUCAAAGUAUAUUAGUAAAUACGACUGAAAUAAUUUUUUUUUUAUUUUUAAAAUCUAUUUAUAAUCUUAUGUUUUUAUUUAUUAAAAAAAAAAUAUUUAUCAAUAAAUGAUAUUAUAAUUUAUUAAUAAAUAUUUAUUAAGAGAAUAUUUAGUUUUGCAAAAAAAAUUUCUAUAGAGAAUGUUUAUGUUUGUUCUGACAAAAAAGAUUCCUAAUAUACGAAAUAAUUUUCAUUUUUUUUAUUUAAACAUUAAAAGGUAGCUUGAAUUAGCAGAAAAUCGCCAUACAGAUUUAGGCUCAUUCAGCCAUUGGCUCUUAAAUCAAUAAAUCUGUAAUAAAUAAAUGAUUUCAUUUUAUUAUUUGUAUUUGAAAGUGUUUACAGCAGUUGUAUGAACUCCAAUCAAAAAUGAAACAAAUUGAUUUUUAGUUACAUUAGAAUUGCGAUGGCAGUAACUAAUUGUGACAGUUACAAUAUCGAUCUAAUCUUACUUUGAGGAAAGAAUAACUCGAGUUUUAUUAAGAAAUGCACAAAACAAUUGUUUUGACAAUUUUUCCUCUUGCAAUGAGAAGCUCUAAUAUAUCUUUACCGAUUGGCAGUAUACAAAAAAGAAUACUAAUAAUUAAAACGUAAUAAUCGUGACUGAGAUAAAAUUACUAGUAAGACACGAAUAUUAACAAUUCGAUUGAUUUUUUUUAUUCACUUUGAAAAAAGUUACUAUUAUUUAGACUUAUAUUUUAAGUAAAUUAGUUAUUUUUAAAAUCAUGGCAUUACUCAUGGUUAUGCUCAUAACUUUUGUAGUGCUGUAGAGAUAAAUAGUUCGUAUAUAUAAAUGCGAUUAUCAAGUUAUCAGCAAUGUAAAAUACAUGGUUGCGUAAUUAGUAAAACUGUCUUAUGUUAUUUAUAUUUAAAAAAUAAACUUACCAUUUAAU